AUGGAGAAGGAGCAGCUCGGCACGCUGCUCCGGGACCUCGACGCGCUCAAGCAGCAUCCCGACGACCUCGCCUCCACCAUCGAUCGGAUGCGGGAGCGGUUAGUGGCGAUGAUGAAUCCGGCCGCCGCCGGCGCCGCUUCUCGAUCCAAGAUUAAGGACAUGAGCGCGGAAGUGGUGGACAACAACCCCUACAGCAGACUUAUGGCGUUGCAGCGGAUGGGUGUAGUGGAGAAUUAUGAGCGCAUCAGGGACUACUCCGUCGCCAUCGUUGGCAUAGGUGGUGUUGGUAGUGUUGCUGCGGAGAUGCUCACUAGAUGUGGAAUUGGACGCCUGUUGUUGUAUGACUAUGACACAGUUGAGUUGGCUAACAUGAAUAGGUUGUUCUUUCGUCCAGAACAAGUUGGAAUGACCAAAACAGAUGCUGCUGUACAGACACUUUCUGGAAUAAAUCCUGAUGUUGUGUUGGAGAGCUACUCACUGAAUAUUACUACAGUCAAAGGUUUCGAAACAUUUUUGGCAAGUUUAAAAGCACAGAGCUCUCAUGAGCGUAGCACUGGAGUUGAUCUUGUCUUGAGCUGUGUCGAUAACUAUGAAGCUCGUAUGGUUGUAAACCAGGCAUGCAAUGAGCUUGGUCAGACGUGGAUGGAGUCUGGUGUCUCAGAAGAUGCUGUUUCUGGUCAUAUACAACUGCUGGUUCCUGGUGAAACUGCAUGUUUUGCAUGUGCUCCUCCAUUGGUUGUAGCAUCUGGAGUGGAUGAGCGUACACUUAAGCGAGAAGGUGUUUGUGCUGCCUCUUUGCCAACUACAAUGGGUGUUGUUGCCGGUCUCCUGGUCCAGAAUGCUCUGAAAUAUUUGUUGAACUUUGGACAAGUUUCCCCUUACUUGGGAUAUAACUCACUUAAGGAUUAUUUCCCUGCAAUGGAAAUGAGGCCAAAUCCACAAUGCUCGAAUCCAGCAUGUGUUCAGAGACAGAAAGAAUAUAUGGACUCCAAACCUGCUAGAGAUGCAGCAGCAAAGACUAAGUUGGAAGCUGAAGCAUCUGCAGAAAAUGAAUGUCCUGUCCACCUAGACAACGAUUGGAAUAUUAGUGUUGUUGAUGAUGAAGAAACUGGGACAUCAAGCAUUCGUAACACUCCAGAUAUCCUACCAGAAGGUCUUGUCCGUGAGCUUCCAGAUGCUGAUUCAUAUGCAGAACCAGCUGUGCCAGUGAGUUCCAGUGCUAUUGAUGAUGAUCUCGAGGAGCUCCAGCGUCAACUUGAUGCCCUAAACGCAUCUUAG